CAGCUGGAGGAUCCAGGUGACACCGGGGCGCUGGGAAGGGCAUUGUGGACAUCGGGGGGGGACAGGGGGAUACUGGUGGCACAUCAGGGACACGCGGGGGCACUCGGGUGACGUCUCCCGUGACAUCACCGCGGCCCAAGGGUGUCACCGGGGCGACGGUGGCCUCGGGCGGGCUACACGGAGACAUCCCCCCCCCAGCGUGGGCGGGUGCCGCGGGGACAGCGCCGGGACAACCUGGGGACAACGGGGACUGGAUGGCAGCGCCACCGAGCCGCCCCCUCCCCCUGCUCGUCCUCCUGCUCCUCCUGCCCGGGGAGGGGCCCGCAGGACCCCCCCCGGGCUGGCCGUGGGGUGACCCCGCCCCCGCCCCGGCACUCCCGAGGCCCCCGAGGCCGCGCUGCAGCGGGGACCGGCCCGGGUCCCGGUGCCCCCCCCGGCCCCCUCGGCUCCGCCUGGACGUCGCCCCCUCCCCCGAGUUCCGCCCGGCCCCGGGACCGCGCGCGGUGCCCGCGGGCGGACGCGUGUUCCUGCAGGUGUCGCUGUCCCGCGCCCCCCCCGGGCUGGGUUUCUCUCUCCGCCGCUGUUUCGUGUCCCCGCGCUCGUCCCCGGGCCCCUCCCGGGGUCCCCCCCCAGUGCCGCGGCCGCUCGUGGUGCUGCGGGGGGGCUGCGGGGCGGGCAGGGGGCGCGGGGAAGGCCCGGGGGGGGCGCGGCGGCGGCUCCGGGGCUCGUUCGUGCUCCCGGCCCGGUUCCCGGAGCCGCUGCAGUUCCUGCAUUGCCGCCUGCGCCUCUGCCGCCACCGGGGCGACACUGGGACACCGGGCGGGCUUCCCGCGUGCCGGGCCGAAGCCUGUCCCCGCAGAAGAGGCGAAGCCUCCGGUUCAGGCCCCGCCCCUCGGUCCCGUCCCCGCGAUGGCCCCGCCCCCGGGCGCGCGCUGCGCACCGUGACCCGCCCGAUCGUGGUGACACUGGGGACACCCGCCACCCCCGCGCCCGGCGCCCCUCCUGGGCUUCCCCUGCUGCCGCUCCCGCCGCCCCCGCCUCUCCUGCGCCCCCCGCCGCCCCCCCGGGAGCAGCCCCGGGCACCCCCCGCGGGUGAUGAUUGGCAGCUCUGAGCGCUUAGGCUGAGAAAUUCCUGUGGGAAAAGGAAAUUCCGGCAGUGGGAGAUGGAGGCCGCAGCUCAUCCAGCCCAUCGCUCACCUGCUCAGGCCCCCAUGGCAGGGAAGAGCCACAGCCUGGGGAAAUUCGCAUGCGAGCGGGGAGACAGAACCAGCAAAUUGGGGUAUUAAUUAAUAAAAAGUUCUGCUGUCUGUAACCAAAGAUGCGCUGACGCCUUCAGUCAUUAAAAUGUCCCGAUGGUGCAAAGCUUUGCCGAUGGGGGAGUGGGGGAGUGGCCUUUGGGGGAACCCCCAGCGGCUGCUGUGCCCUAAGGAGAAUAAAAACUGCA